UCGACUAUAAAUAGAGCACGCAAUAAGUGAGAUCGACCAAAAGUAGCAGCAAAUCUGCAACAUGAAGGCGUUCUGCUUCACUUUAACGAUUCUCUGCGCGGUCCAGAGCAUUCUGGCAUACCCGCGGCCAGAUUUCGCCAUCAGUGGAACGAUAUCCGGAACGGAUAAAGUUAUAUCUGCUGCGGAUAAUCUGAACACGGCAGCCACCGCGGCAGGUUCAGGUACAGUCACGCUAACCUCGGGUUAUGAUAAGUUGACGACGGUCAGUGACGCUCUACAGGCCAUCGGUGAUGCCAUCGUCGACGCUGGCACUCAGCUGGGAUCGGCACUGAACACUCUGGCCAGUGCAAAUAGCGGUCCAAUCCCGGCAGCGUUCACCGCUGCUACUGACAAAAUCGAUGACCUUACUGAUCUGCUGAACAGUAAUUUUGACGGUGAUUUGGAUACGGUGGGAGACGAAACAGGAACGUAUAUUACGACUCAGUUCUCGGAUGCGUUCGACGUCAUAACAAAUACGUUGGGAAGGCUCGCGGGGGCACUUAAUACGCUCCAGACGAAAGUCGAAGCUGCAAGGACUGCCGCCGGCUCAUCACCGAGCGUGUCAGCCGCCAUCAUUCGAUCGAGGAUUCCGGCCAAAUUCGUCAACGACGUGUUAGCAGAGGUCCGCAACCUGGCUGGAAAUAUGCCGCUCGUCAAGUUCGUCAUCGACAGCUCGUUGCAAAACCUUGAUAUGGUGGAUACGUUUAUUCUAGAAUUGGAGGAAGAGGUUAACGAUAAUGUUGAAAGAUAUGGCACGUCGUACGAGGCCUUCCAGUCGAUCUUGGAAGAUGAAGCGGAAAACUAUAGUGAAAUUUUGAGUGACGGUGUGGGCGACUCUGUCUCCACGAUUAUUGCUGACAUCUUGGGGGAUCUGGAAGGAAACGCAGGAUAUACCUCGGAUUUGUCGGGCCCAAUCGACGAUCUGGACACUGCCUUUAGUACUUCAGUAGAUGAUACAAACGUGUUAAUAACCGGCUCCUUUACCACAUACUCUGAAAAUAUUGAGAGCAUAUUCGAAGAUCUGCAAGGAUCCCUCGGAUCAGCCUUCUGCAGCCCGAUCGAAGCCGUAUCGGAGGUACAGAUUGCCAACGGUCCUUACGCGGACUUCUGCUUCGCCAAACACUCGCCACGAGUGUUCGCACAGAUUUCGAUUGCCAUCGACUCGUUCGAUGUGUGCUUCGAGAAGGAGGUGGGCCGUGUGAUCAACUACGAAAUUGUCAUCGCGUAUAUUUCCGAGCAGAUUAGCUACAACACGGAAGAUCUACUAGACAACUUGAACCUCUGUCUCGCGAUGCCCACCGAUGCAACCAAAUCUGCCUGCUUUGCAGUGCUUGGUCCGUACUACACCACCAUAGCCGAACAGGUAGAGGCUCAUCUUGAUUCAGUAGCCGACCUGGUGGACGCAGAAACGAUAGCCAGCUACAACCGUCUCGGUUCUUGCCUCUUCACAUCGCUCUCAGCGACAUCUCUGGUCGCUGCUGAGAUCGCAACGGAUGCUAACGACUGCGAGGAGAAUGGUCCUCAGUCCUAAAUUUUACUCCAAACAAAACAAGCGAUGGUUCAAUCAGUGAAAAUAAAGUUAAAGAUAACGUGCACCCAAACCCCCUCUUUUUCGUUUCAAUGCUUCGUGAGCGCGUGUGUUCUUACAGGUCAAUAAAAUGUAGCAUUCCGAGUCAUACGUUGGCGAUUAAACGAUAAAUGGCUUGACAUCUUCACCAGCUAUUUUUUAUCCAUUUAUAUCCAGUAGUACCUUACCUACCUUACUUACCUUUGCUUACUUACCUUUGCCUUUAAAUAUGUGUGUUGCAAUAAAUGUUUUGCAGUGAACAUUUUUUAUGUUUAGUCUUCAGAUAACAAACAUUUUCUUAACAAGCCUUGGCAUUUACUGGAGCUUACAUUUGAGCGCAUAACAAAGUAAAUAUUUAUUGUCCAAUGCACCGAUGACUACUUUAGGACGAGCCGAAUAUUCAAUGUCUGGGUCAUUCUUGAAAACGUGGCGAAGGAAUUAAGCGGAU